AUUAUUAAUGGCUGCCGCUGUUUAACUGUAUCGUGCACCUUCAUAAAUUACGUUUUAUGAUUAUUUCUGCUAGUGAGAUUUGAGUUGUAUCAUGUUUACCGCGUAUCGUUACAAAAAACAUUUUAAAAAGUGACUAUUAUAAUGGACAAUUGUUAGUUAGUGUUAACCUAAAAAUAACUAUAAAUCAAGAUAAAAUGGAGCUUCCACAGCCGCCACAAGACCAAGAUCUUCGCAAUAUAAUCGACAAGCUCGCCCAAUUUGUCGCACGAAAUGGGCCCGAGUUCGAGAAGAUGACCAAGACAAAACAAAAGAACAAUCCCAAAUUCAGUUUCCUGUACGGCGGCGAGUACUUCAACUACUACCAAUACAAAGUGACGACAGAGCAAGCAAUUCUAAAGCAAUCGGCCGGUGGCCAGGCGGCCCCUCCUCCGUCCGGGGCUUAUAUGGCACAGACAAGGCAAUAUGUAAUGCCCCAACAGGCUGGUGCGACGCCUACCCAGCUCGGGCUGGCUGCGACGAUGGCGGCUGCUCCGGCGCUCCAGCAAUGGCUUGCGGCGAAUUCGGCCCCGCCCGCUCCUCAGCACACCCAUGAGAUUGACAAUGUGAAUGCUCAGAUCAACAUGUUAAAAGACCAAAUCACUCAGUCAGAGAAUAAUCUUAAUGCUCAACAUAAUGUACUCAUCCAACAGCAACAAGCUAAAAUCAAUGAAUUGGUGAGCAAAGCUCAGGUAGAGACCAUACAGAUCAUGGCAGAAGAUAACAACAUCAGCCUAUCGGAGUUAGACAGCAUCUUACAGCCUAUCAUUGAAUCAUGCACUAAAGAUAGCAUAUCAGCAGGAAAAGGAUGGAUAUUACAGCAUGCUACGUCACCAGAUGCAGGCAAAGUGAUUUCUCAACAUCUCCUACGGAAGGUUACCCAGCCUGGGGCAGCUUUCACGCAAAAACUGCACAUCAUAUAUCUAGUCAAUGACGUCUUACAUCACUGUGCACGCAAAAACGCCGAAGAUCUCAAGAAAAAUUUGGAAAAUGUGGUGGUUCCAAUGUUUUGCAAUGCCAGUAUAGCUGUUACUGAAGAGCAGGAGGCUAAGCUUAACAAACUGCUUCGGCUCUGGGAAUCCAAGUCAAACUACUUCGACUCUGGUGUCAUUGAGAAGAUGAAGAGCCCUACCAGUUCGUAUCAAGAGUACCAGAAUAAUUUGAUUUCGCAGCACUCAAAUGCAAUCGCUCAUUUAACACAGCAAACAAAAUCUACCUUUGAAAACUAUCAAACACAACAUCAAGCCUUUGUCGCUCACACAUUGCAACAAAUUCAACAGAUGGAAAUGCAAAAGCAUGCACUUGAAUUAAACAGCCAUGAUUCGAACAAAGACAAUCAACAAAAUAUGCCAAAUCCCUUUCAAAACAAUUUCAAUGACCAAGGAUAUCCUUCAAUGGGUGGAUAUGAUCAGAAUUUUAAUCCCAACCACCAACAGUACGGAAGUGAAAGUGGAGAUAAUUAUGCAUCAAAUAAUAGUAUGAGUGGGAAUGAAAAUAGUUUUGAUAGUCAAAUGUUUGAUCAAAUGAAGCAACCAAAAACAGAACUGUCUGAUGAACCUGACUUGUCAAAUUUGCCGAAUAUAAAUUUCUCACAACCGCCACCUGGUUUCGAACCAAAACCACCGCCAUUAGCUUUCCAGAAUGGACUACCAGAUCUCAGUAAGCCCCCACCAGGAUUUCCCCCAUUCCCAGAAAUUAACAAUGAGGAGCUUAUGCCUUCAGUCCCAUAUUUUGAAUUACCUGCUGGUUUGAUGGUACCACUUAUAAUGCUAGAGGACGAUAAAUACAAGCCGUUGGACCCGGCUCGGAUCAGACUGCCCCCACCGGCGCCACCCAAUGAGAGACUCUUAGCAGCUGUAGACGCGUUCUACGCGUCGCCUAACCAUGAACGGCCGAGGGAUAAUGAAGGAUGGGAGAAAUUAGGAUUAUAUGAAUAUUACAAAGCAAAGAAUGCAGCAAGAAAGAAUAAGGAGGAAGCAAUUGCGCAAGGGCGGAGGAUGAAGUCAAAGUCACCCAGUCCUAUACCAAAAGACUUACAGAAACAGCCAACACCACCUGGAAGAAGAUAUAGGUCGUUAAGUAAAUCACCAGAGCCGAAGCCAGUAAUUCCCUUAUCGCCACGGAAAUCGAAGUCACGGUCUCCCUCGCCCAGGCGAAGGCCAACAACUUGGAGAAGAGACAGAGAUAGUCGCCGCAAGUCACGGUCACGGUCACGAUCGCGGUCGCGCAGCCGCUCACGUGAUCGCGAGCGUCACCGCGACUCGCCGCGGGACAAGAUGCGACGCGUUGAGAAAUCCCGCUCACCUACACCUCCUAGCUUUAUGGGUUCAUCGUACCCUAGCACGUCAGGUGGCAUCGACUCCAGUAACAAGGGCCACCAGCUGCUGCAGAAAAUGGGCUGGAGCGCGGGCGGACUGGGCGCGGCAGGGCAAGGCAUCGCCGAGCCAAUCAGCGGCGGCGCCGUGCGUGAUAGGCACGACCAGUACAAGGGUAUAGGAGUUAAUUUAAAUGAUCCAUAUGAAAACUUCAGAAAGAACAAGGGGGCAGCAUUUAUUACGAGAAUAAAGGAGAGAGCGUUAGAGCGAUCAUCGUGAUUGUUGCAGAUACAAGGCGUUUAGUUUAAGGCUGUAAAUGUGUACAAUUGAGAAUGUGUGUCUGCGGAAUAUGGUUUAUUUUAUCUAAAUCAUCUUGAAUAAAAGUUAUAUGAAUUU